CUCCGCAUAAGCUGUACCGAAACAUCCGGUAGCUUUAAAAAACAGGCGUAAAAAGUUGUUUGACGACAGGAAAACGGGAAGACUUUACCUAAUACAUUUUCUACAGCUAAGAGACCACAAAAAGGAAGGAAAGAAGUUUGCUAAGAAAACAGGAAAAACAAGGACAGGAUCACAGAAGACCAGAGCAACAGAAGAACAAGAACGUACAGAAAAAGAUGAAGAAGAUUAAUAGGAAAGAGGCUGGUUUUAGGGUUAUCACACACAGAAAACCAAAGCAGCAGAAGGACAAGAGCGUGCAGAAAUGGACGAAAACGACUCCUACGAAAGGCGUAAACAAGGACGGUGGGGCUCCAGCUCAGACCACAUUAGAUGGACGCUUAUUGCUCCAGUUACACUGUGUAGAUAAGCCGUCCCACCUCUACUCCGUCGACAUCAUAGAGCGAAAUCUGACUUCUGUCGAGCCAGAAGAGCUGAAGGCCUUCGUAAAUGUAACCUGCGUUGAUGCAGCUGAUAACUUCCUCUCUUUAGGAUCAUUCAGCAGCUUCACGUCUUUGAGAGAACUCGAUCUGACUAUGAAUAGAAUCAAAAACAUGGAUUUUGAUGUUGCUGACUUCCCUCAUUUAGAGGUCUUAAAUUUGUCCUUCAACAACUUACAAGCAGAGGAUUUACUACAGUUCGGUCAGUUUCCACAUCUCAAAACUCUUCAUCUGACCGGAAAUGAGCUCAGCUGUCUUCCUCCCAACUUUGGUCCCUCACACAGCGACCAGUCUGACAUGCUGUCUGAAGAGGGAGCCAAACAGUUUGAGUCUCUUGAAGUCCUGAUGCUUAACUACAACAGCCUGACCUCUAGCGUCUUCUACAACCUUAGGAACCUGAAGAGGCUGAAGCACCUAAACCUAGAGGGCAACCAUAUCACAGAAAUACCUUGUAAGGAAGUGAUGGAGAGUUCAAAACCCGCUUUGAGGGAAGGCGAAGAGGAAGACAUCGAGUCUAAAAUCGACCACCACAUUGAGAUUAUGGAGAUCCUUCACGUGCUCAGGGAGGACAGGUGUUCCAGUGUGUUGCUGCCUGAGCUCCAGUGCCUCAAUCUGGCCGACAACCAGAUCGCCUCAGAGGAAGCCGUGGUUGCUGCUGCUCUUUUCCCAAAGCUCUGUGAAUUACAUAUCCACUGCAAUCCUCUAACCACACAGAGGAGAGGAGAAACGGCUUUACUGACUUAUUUCCUUCAAGACAAGCUUGGAAUAAAGAUAAAGAGAGAGAAGGAUGAAGAUUUUCUACAACCUCCCCUGAAGGACAAGAAAAGAACAAAAAGUGAUCUGAGAACAAUACGACCCGAGGACAAGAGUAAAGGCAAAAGUCGGGAAAACGCAAAACGCUUCUUCAUUACUCAGACAGAAGAUGAAGCUGAGCUUCAGCUGGCUUCUUCAUCGAGUCAGAACGCAUCUGCACAAAACAGAGCCUGUCCGGGACGACCCGUACGCUACGACAUGAUAAUGGAUGUAAAACCACUUCCCUGCAUCGGAAUUCAAACAGCUGUUCGGAUGCUGGAUCAAACACUAAGGAAUCUGAACAUCUACAGAGACUCCAAACCCAGACUUGAUAGCAUCCAGACGCCAUACAGCGAAAUGAAAAAGAGGAUAGAGGAGCUGCCACCUCUGAGACCAAUAAAGCAGCCGAUCCAAAGGGUUGAGGAGUUGCUCAAGGAAAUGAAAGACAAUAGAGCAACAAAAGUUGUUUCCUUAGGCAGUGUUAUUCACAACAGAGCAGCAAACAGUAAGGACCACAGGGAAGCUCUGUUUCUGCUGAGGGAGUUGAAGAAAACACACAGGAUGGUCCAUGACAACACAAUGGAACAAGAAGCCAGAUUUCAGUGUGAACAUCCACAUUAAUACACGCUUUUCUUAUGCAGGAGCUUUUUUUUAUUAUUAUUAUUAGUUUUGACCAGAUCUGCACCCUGAUGCUGUUACUGUGAGUGGAGUGCAGUGAAAUCAAUCCCACUUCACAGACAACAAGACAUGUUGAGCUUUUAUUUAUGCUUCAUUUAACAACAAGUAGAUUCUGCUCAGUUAACAGAGACCCUGAGAACGAUAUGGAAGAGAAAACCAUAGAUGGCAUCCAGACUGUUCAGGUUGAGCUGUAGAGAAAAUGUGCCUGCAGUUGUGACUUCAUCUGCAGAAAAUGUAUUUAUCUUAAGCUGUCUUUUUCUGACGGUUCGGGGCAGCUGCCUGCGCCACAUCUGUGAUCGCAGUUAAUCUUCUAAAUAUGCAUUAUAGGCAUCAAGCAGAACUUAUUUUGGCGAGAGUUACUUUUUAUUCCUUGCAGUGUGAGCAACAUUUGUAAGCUUUGAUGUAUUUUUCUGCCUCAAGGAAACGAAUCAUGGUAAACGGAAAAGGCCUUCCUUCGAGGUCUGCGGACUCAUUCAAGUUGAUUCUAAUCUGGUAUCUGUUAUGAUUAAAAUGUCUUGUUGGUUGUAUAUUAUCCUCUAACCUAAUUAUUUACAACCCGUGUUAUCAGGACGGAGCACAAGCACUUUGGAACUGGAAGUGCUCGAGACUUUGAACAGACCUCUGCGCAGCUCAGUAUGAUUUAUGAUCCACAUUACCGAAACAAUCCCACUUUGGGUUCUGGAAAAUUAACAAAGACGCCUUACGACUACAAAAACCAAAACCUCAUGCGUCGUAUUACAGCAGCCAUUGAUUGCAGCUAUCUUAAAUUUCCAGUCGUGUUCUGCUCGCGCCGUUCGUUCGCUUGUUUGAUUUCACGGCUCAUAUGAUUUCCAUUAUUUGUCUUCUGAGCAGCUUGCAGAUGUGGAAUGCACAUCCAGCCUCGGCGGGAUGAAUCGGCUUUAAGCGUCAGGAUAUUUCAAGUGGGGAGUUUUGCAUGUUUACAUUCAUAUUUAUAUUGAAUGUAUAAAUAUUUAUCUCCUCCUGUUUGUAAUGAAUAAUAAAUGAGCUGUAAACAUAAAGUGUCCAUCCACCAAUCAGGUGCAUCAAUCUCAAUUUGGAAAAGUCUCAUAAGUUGUCAAUGAAAUUCAUGCGACCAAAAGCUUGAAUUAUGUUUUUACUCAAAACUAAAAAACUAACUGAAGCACAAAGUCUAACAGGUUAGUAAAUAUAUAUAUAAAAUGAUUUAUUUAUUAAAGUCACUAUUGUCCUGAAAUAAAAAAGGGACAUAAUAAGGACAAAUGUUUCAAAUUCUCAGCUGUAAACUGUUUAUUGAGGAUGAGUCAAACUAAAAAAUGAAAGCUGAUGAAAACCUCUCAGUCAGCAGCGUUUGUGCCUCUGAUUCUGGGAAUAAAAAGAAGAUUUAUUUGGACUUUGAUGACAUGUUUUAACCUAAGAAGGUUGAUUAAUAGGCAGGGAGAGGGGCAUAAUGGCUCUGCUGCGGCUUGAGCUCAUUUACUGGUCAAUUUACUGUGAAUGAGGAGAGUGAACAAAACUCCCAGCAUCACCAAGCCGCAGACACCCGGCACUCCUGUCCACAGGAGAUCCCAUUUUUAAAAAUCUAUGUGCGUUUACUCAUUUAUUUCAACAUUUUGUUUCUAAAACCACUCAAGAAAAAGCCAUUUGAGAAAAUGUUCACAAACAAGAUGCAUUUAUUCCCCACACAGUGAGUCCAGCUCAUAACACAAUCUACAAGACAAACAAAAUGUUGCUCUAAAAGUGAUAAUAACGAAGAAUGUACCGCUUUAAUUUUUGUGUGAAAGCUGCGUCUUACACUCUGCAGUUCUCUUGUGCAAGAGUUUGUUGUACACGUUUAUGAGCUCCUCAGUUCUGGCCAGUGAUCGGUUCUACAAAUGGUUUUAUUUUGCGAGCGCGCUCCUCGCCUCAAACAUACAAAACACUCCAGCAACCUUCCAGGAAUUAAAUUGACCCACUUGUGCACAUUAAAAUGACGUGCCAAGACACAAAACCUCCUUUAUUUGCACAUUUUGACCCACAUCAGGUGGUUUUUAAACCUCCAGCAAACACGGUAAGAUGAACCAGUUGAUGUCUAUUGUGUUCAGUCCAAAACAGACACAUUUCCAUUUUCCUUUUUUUUUUUUUAUGGGUGGGUUUAAGGCAGAAAACCUGAGAAAAAUUAUCUUUGAGAAUCUAAUAAGAAUGAAUUAUAAAAGAAUGUGACUAUGCUAAAAGGAUCAUCUCAAAGCACAAGAUGAUCCUCCAAAUAAUCCUAAGCAUUAGUUAUCGUUUUCACUGCAGCACUUUCAGCUGGAAGACUAAACCCAUUAAAAGUACCAGAUGAGAACAUAUGAAACUCCAAUCAUGCUGAACAAAAUUGACCCUUUGGAAAAGUUUGGAAGUAUGUGGGGUUUUUUUAUAAGAAGCAUAAGAUGAAAUUUCACAUAUUUCACUCCUGAAGUUGAAUCUAUUACCUUAUUUGUGUAUUUUUGCAAAUGAAAUUUAAGUUACUUAAUUGCCACAGUUAUAUUCCCAUCAUGCAGCGAACUCUCGGAUGGAUGGGAUUUAGUGUCGUGAUGUAAUAAAGGAAAAUGCACAUUG